AUGGGUUACUUCAUCCGACAAGCCAGUGCCGGGAUCGGCCUCGUCUCGGAAACCGUCAAAGCCCAGAAAGCGAAGUAUCAGGAAAAGAAGCACAAAGAGCAACAGCAACAUGCGGAAGCGGGAGCGGAAUCUCUGCCUCCCCUUGAAGAGACUGAAAGCGUGGCACCUUCAUACCAUACCGAGGAUGGGGGACAUAGUCGUCCGUCCAUGCAGAAUGGUCGUCCUUCCAUGCAGAACAUCAGCCCUCCUCCUAUGGAGAACUAUCCCCCAACUCAUAAUGCCUAUCCUCCUACGCAAAACGGUCAAUCUCCCCUGCAAAACAACUAUCCUCCUCCCAUGGAUAACCGCUAUUCUCCUCCGAUAGGGAAUAGUUAUCCUCCAGUGCAGAACGGCCAUCCACCUAUGCAAAACAACUACCCUCCUCUGAUGGAGAAUAACCACCCCCCAACUUACAAUACCUACCCUCCUGCUCAGAACGGCCAACCUCCCGUAUACAAUGGCCAACCUAUCCACAACAGUCAAUCUCCUAUGCAUAAUAUUCAUCCUCCCAUGGAGAACAACUAUCCUCCUAUGCAAAAUGGGUACCCCCAUCCGAUGGGAAACAACCAACCUCCAGUGCAAAACGGUCAACUACCCGUACAAAGUAGCUACCCUCCCAUGGAGAACAACAAUCCCCCAAACUACGCUGCCUACCACCCCUGGAAACAUGGUCAACCUCCCAUGCAAAACACCUACCCUCCUUCAGAAUAUGGCUACCCACCCCCUGAUAGUCAUCCUCCAAUGGAGAACAGUUAUCCUCCAGCACACAACGUGUACCCUCCUCCGCAAGCAUCAAGAGAAGUGAGCGACCCACUACCUCCCACCGAAAAGUCUCCCUCCCCCAAAGACGAAAAAUCAACAACCAAAGUCCACGAAUACGACACAGAGUCCACAUAUUCACGAGAAUACGACGAAGUCGACAAAGACAUCGAGCGCCAAUGGGAACUGGACGAAGCACAAGAACAUCUCCGCGGGGUAACAUACCCAACUACAACCCCCAACUAUGAAGACGACGCCGACUAUAGUACGAAGCUAGCGGAAUCCUUUGUCCGGGAUUAUCCAGUCCCUGCCAACUGGAGCUACUACGAUACAUCUAUAGACUUUGGCCCUCCGAAGCUUGAUUAUCCAGUCGUUCUGCCUCAGCGUCGGCCGAAGGAUCGGCAGAGAGGAUUCGUGCGCGCCUAUGCACCCGAACUUGAGAAGUUUGGUAUCGAUCAGAAAAUGUUUCUCGAUUAUGUCGACCAGGCUAAUAAAUCCUGUGUUGGGUCUCAGUGGUUUCAGGUUAUUAAUUUGGCCAAUAAUGUGGGGGGAUACUUUGUUAAUCCUACGAUUGGGUUUGUGAUGGGUAUUGUGGCCGAUGCGGCUGUGAGAAUUGGUAUGGCUGUUGAUGGGAGACGAAGAUCUGGGAACUUCUUCGACAAAAUCAACAAGGAUUUCUUCAUGCCGCGCGGCCUAUUCUGUCUCCUCAUGACCUACGCCCCCGAAUCGAAGGAAGCAAUUCUCGACCUCGACGUGAACAACACCAUCAUCUCCGCCCGAACCCCAGAGAAAGGAUUCCACCGGAUCAAACAAAAAUACCAGACGGCUAACGCAACAGCCAACUCUACCUUCGACCAAUUCUCCCCUCUCAUCUUCCCCGAUCUGAACCAUCCGGAUGUCGACGAGGCAACGAAGAAAAAGCACCAAGUAUUGUUGAGUAAAGUACAUCGCGCGAUGGAAGGAGUCGAAGAAUACUAUGAUAAGAGAGAUCAAGCUAAAUUCAUCGCCAAAAAUCCCGAAAGCAACCUCGCCAUGGGCCGCAAACCGGAAUUCACUUCUCGAUACGCAGACCCCACCAACAAAGCCGCCAGCGGGUCCCUACUUGCCAUGGCCACCGGCGGGAAAUUCACUGAUGAUACGAUCCUAGGCUGGAUGGGUAUCGAGGGAAGAUCUGCUCGUGGAGCGAAACCGUCGUUCUUUGGUGGUCUUGCGGAUGCUGCGUUAAGAAAGGCGAAAGGUGAUAAAGAGCUUGAGAAGGCUCGUGCGGAGGGAAAGCCUGUUCCUCAUCAGAGUACGAAGGGGUUUGUGGGCGGUGGGUUGAAUAAGUUGUUGAAGCGGAAAGUUAUAUAUAUGAUGAUUGUGAAUAUGCCGAGAUUUAAACAUGUAGCAUCAGUCAUUCGUAAGCUGCAGGGGCAUUCUGUAUGGCUGAAGUAUUGCAGCGAAGAACAUGCUAAGCUCGAUCAGCAACAGAUGUUGGAAAUUGUGGUCGAACGAGAUGCUUCCAAGGUAGCGCAUGGGGAUGAUAUCAUGCAUUUCCAUCGAAGUGGGAAUUUCCAAUCGGUUCUGAGACCCUUUGCCCUCGGCAAUAUUGCCAGUAGUGAGUUGGGAUGGGGAUCUCGACUCUCGCAAAAAUUGCCAGGUUACGCAGACGAACCACAGCGGACCGUGUUACAACUCCACAUCGAUAACACCGCAGAAUGGUGA